AUGAUUGCUCGAAGCUGGAUAUCGGAUUGCCAGCUCAAUCAUCGGUGUUCUGAGGCUGUUCCGGCACUCACUGUGCAGUAUCUUGAUGGUGUCCGACCAGCCCGCAUGAUUGAUGUGGCAGCUUUCCAACAUCCAUCCCAGGACGUUCGGCUAGUGGAAAUGGAUCAAGUGUGUACAUAUGUAGCCUUGAGCUACUGUUGGGGUCAUGACACGUCCUAUGUGACAAAGCAGGAUACUCUGUUAUCACGGCUGACGCGCAUAUCCUACAAUGACUUGCCAAGAACAUUUCAACAUGCAGUCACAGUAACUCGGAACCUGGGGUAUAGUUACUUAUGGCUAGAUGCUCUUUGCAUCGUUCAGGAUUCUUUACAAGAUUGGGAGCGAGAAUCACAAAAGAUGGGUAUCAUAUACAGUCAAGCUGUUGUCACAAUUGCCGCGACCGCAAGUCGAGGUGUGCAUGACGGUUUUUUCAACCACCAAAGCUGUAGCGAAAUUUCUCCAUCAUGGAAGAAAAUGUUAGUGAGAGGUACCACGACACAUGGUGUCCCUACUGAGUUGCUACUCUAUGAAGACACUUAUGUUCCCAUAGACCCUGCAGCUGAUAUGGCUGCAGGACCACUAGCACAAAGGGCAUGGGCUUGUCAAGAGAGAAUACUGUCUGCUCGCGUCCUCCACUACAAGAAUAAACAAAUCUACUGGGAAUGCCGACAAGCAGCCCACAUAGAGGAAGGAGUCCCGUCUUUCUCGGAUAACACGGCUCGUGUUCGCACAGGUCCCAAUCUUGGUCGGGAGCUUGCUGUUCAUGAUCUUGAUUUUUUCUUUCGAAUUCUCAGGUGGUAUCGCGGAAUACUUACAACACACUACUCAACACGACAACUAACAUAUGCAUCCGAUCGGCUGCCCGCAAUUUCAGGUCUUGCAAAACUUGUCCAAGGCAGCAUGAAAAUGACGUAUCUUGCUGGUCUCUGGAAAGAGGGUCUCCAAUUUGGAUUGUUUUGGGGGGCGGUAAACAUAGUGCCUCGUUCAGCAGUCAAUGCAUCUCCCUCUUGGUCUUGGGCGUCUUAUGAGACGCCAUUGUGUUGGCCGAUGACUGCAUUCAAAAGCUUUCCACCCGCAAUUUUCGAUCUGAACGACUACAGCGUUGAACUUGCCAGUAGCGACGAGUUCGGACGUGUGAAUGGAGGUUUCUUGAGGAUCACCGGUCUCAUGAGUGUAGUACAGAUUGGUUUCCGCGUAGGCAUAGCCCAUCCGUUUGAUGCUUGGAGUCACGAAGGCAAUAUGGGCGAUUGGAGUUCGAAGCUUUCAGACUCUGAUGGAAUUUAUAUGGGUAAUGCAUGGUUAGAUCGGAAUCCCGGCAUAGAUGCUGUGCACGCGUUGAUACUUGCGACGGCUAAUCCACUAACAGAAUGCGAUGAGGAAUGGGAUAUGCUGUUGGUAACCUCUGUAGGAGAGACUAGUGACAGAUUUGAAAGAAUCGGUAUCGCACAGGUGUUCCACAAAGACAUCAAAGAAGAGCGCCGUUGGCUACCAAAGUUUAAAAAACGAAGUAUCACGCUUGUUUAG